AUGAAUGAAUGAACGAGUGAAUGAAAAAGACAGAUUGUUCUGACUGGUGCCUCUGUGGUGUUUAGUGCUUCAGUUUGCACACCCCUGUCUUUCAACUGAGGAAUCCAACUGGCUGAUGAGGGGAAAAAAAUCUUUAGACACACCCAUUUCUGGCCCCAGGCAGGGAGGAUCACUACACUAGGGAGGUAUAAAGACAGGGCACCAAAUGUAUUACGCACCUGUUGCCAAAUGCAUCUUUUAACAGAAAGGUGCUGCUAAAGAUUAUGAACUCAAUUCACCUUCCAGCUCAUCAAAGACCUUCAGCAACAAGUCUGCACCAUCCUCAUCCAAAAAGUGCUCAAGAAGCCCCAGACAUGGCGGUAUACUGUGACAACUUCACCAUGUAUUCUCAGCAGAACCUGCACUCAUCUCAGAGAACUGCCAACUAUGGAAUAGGGGACUAUGCCCCCUCAACUAACCCUUACUUAUGGCUUGGUGGCCCAGGUGUCAACAACUCCUCCAGCUACCUACAUGGGAACAACCCUGCCUCAUAUAUGCAACCUUCUUAUGGAUCACAGAGACAGUUUUUGACCAAUCCAUCAGGUUUUAGUGGGACAGAUCUUGGCUGGUUGUCUAUAGCCUCUCAGGAAGAACUUCUCAAGCUAGUGAGGCCUCCUUACUCCUACUCUGCUCUCAUUGCUAUGGCUAUCCAAAAUGCCCCGGAGAAGAAAUUGACUCUUAGCCAAAUUUACCAGUAUGUGGCAGACAAUUUUCCAUUCUACAAGAAAAGCAAAGCCGGCUGGCAGAAUUCUAUCCGUCACAACCUCUCCCUAAAUGAUUGUUUUAAGAAGGUACCAAGAGAUGAAGAUGAUCCAGGAAAAGGAAAUUACUGGACACUGGACCCAAACUGUGAGAAAAUGUUUGACAAUGGAAAUUUCCGUAGGAAAAGAAAGCGCAGAUCAGAAUCUAGCAACACUGAAUCUAUCACAGUUAAAUGUGAGGAAGGUCGUCCAGUUAUUGGGGGAAAAUGCGGAGAGAGUCCAGCCAUGCUAAGCCCAUCUUCCCCAGAGACUGAACAAGCUCCUGAAGAUAGGAAAAGCACCUCUCCCCCAGGAAUCACAUCUACUCCUUGUCUAAAUAACUUUUUUAGCAAUAUGACCUCUUUGGACACAAACACAGUUAACAGACAGAUGCCUUUGGGACUAGUGAAUGAGAUCUCUCAGCGAAACAUUACUGGACUGAGCACUUACACCUCAAGCUCCUUACCACCACCAUCAGCAGAUGCGCAAGAGAGUAACUUGCACCUCAACAGAGCGCCAUAUUACAACUCUUUCUCUGCUUCCAACCAGAAUAGCCAAUUUAAUGGCCAUUUUUACAACAGCUUUAGUGUUAACAGCCUCAUUUAUAGUAGGGAAGGCAGUGAAGUAUAA